CGGAAGAACGUGGACCUGUUGUUUCGAUAUCCAGACACAAUCAUCUUCCAUACACCUGGAAGCACAUGGACCUGUUGUAUGAUCAAGAAGUAUUUAUAAUGGUACAGUUGGUUCAUUCCAACAGUUUGAAGGCAGUUCAUACAAUAUGGUGUCAGGUGUUGGAAGAGAGGUCAUGUUGGCUACUUCCUGUGCGUCACCUAAUGGUUGUAGGUGUGAGGUUUGUGGGAAGAUCUUCACAGACCCAGGCACCAAGAAGGCCCACAAGGAAGCCAUCCAUGACAAUGUCACCUACCUCUGCCCGUGUGGCAAAGUCUACAAAUAUCGCUGUGGCUUCCGGAAACACAGACAGAGUUGCUCACAGGCCUUGGGUGCAGAUCCUAUCAAGCAGUAUAAUUAUUACCCUUGAGGGUUCCGACUUCGAGGAAAUCCUGGAACUGCCCAUCAUUCAAACCCAAAUAUGCCUGGCCUGUCCCUCCGUCCAGGGGACGGGACUCACAUGGCGCCGGGAAUAUUUGAAAAGGAUUUAGACUUCAGUUUACUCAUGCAAACUUCCCGAUUGUCUGAAAUUCCCCAGGAUCAGGCAGGGUAUAGGUGUGACAUUUGUGGCAAGAUCUUCACAGAUCCAGGCACUAGGAAGGCCCAUAAAGAAGCUAUUCAUGACAAUGUGACGUACUCGUGUCCCUGUGGGAGGGUGUACAAGUACCGGUGCUCCUUCAGGAAGCAUCGACAGACCUGCCCACAAGGCUUGGGGUCGGACCCCAUCAAGAAUUACAAUGUUGAUCUGUCAGGGUGAUGGUAGGCCACAAAGAUUGUUCGGAUAGCUCAUGAGUUAGAAGAUAUAGGCAGACAGACAUGCUCACAGACUUGGUGGAAGACCAUGAUGCAUACUGAUAAGGGUGACUGGAUGUUACAGUGAUAGGGUUAUGAGUCAUGAAGCAUAGGCUAGAUUUAUCUAAGGUUCCAAACUAGGCAAAUGGAAUGGUGGAAGCAUAUUGUGGUUAUUUGCUGGACAGUAUGGUACUUGGAUUGCUGGUGUCAUAU